UGCGUGUAUGAGAGUUGUGAGGAGUGGGUGGGAAGAGGUCUCUGUUAGUCUUCUGAGCUUGUGAUGUGAUGUGUGUGGCUCUUGCUAGAAUUAUGUCUGGACCGCUGGACCGGGGCCAGAUCUGGGAGAGGGUGGGUCUCGAGUUCCUGGCGAUUUCUUGGAGGGAUUUAGCCGGGAUCUAGGGGGCAGAGAGAGAUUUAAGAAUUGAUAGGUGGUCGAGUUUUGUUUGGCCGAGUGGAUAUGCGCAAGAAAGUCGAGGAGCUUUAUGUUUCCCCUCUUAAAGGAUUAUUGCCAGCGAUGGCCACAGUGAGACGGAGGAGGAGCAGCCGCCACACCGAUACUCAGCUGGUGUUCCUGAUUAGAACUGCAAUAAACGCGCAGUGAAUCGCCACUGGACACUAACCUCUCAAAUUAUCACAUUUGGAAACAUAUUUUUUUAGAACGUCUGAAGGAGGUAUGCUGAGUAAUUGACUGAAGUAUUGGGUGUAGGAUACUGCUCUCAUUAGAUUUUUCAGGCCAGUGCAAAAAAAAAGAGCAUUGGUCAUACUCUUGGUUAUAGGCUACUCAUACUCCUCUGUGUCCCAAUUUGGGCGCAAACAUGACGACUGAGAGCUCACAGCAACAUCUGGACUCGUCUCAUUCUCUGAGAUCCAGCCCAGCAGCCGGAGUGAUGCACGCCACUCAGAUGAGCGCACAGCCAGUGGCGGAGAGCUCACCAAAUGCGUCAAACAAAAGGAAAAAGGGCAACUCUGGCUUGAGGCGUCCUGAGAAGCCGCCCUAUUCAUACAUCGCCCUUAUUGUGAUGGCUAUCCAAAGCUCCUCGACAAAGAGGCUUACUCUGGCUGAAAUCUAUCAGUUUCUUCAGGCCCGUUUCCCGUUCUUUAGGGGGUCUUACCAGGGAUGGAAAAACUCUGUGAGGCACAACCUGUCUCUAAACGAGUGCUUCAUAAAACUGCCCAAGGGCCUCGGCAGACCAGGCAAGGGACACUACUGGACCAUAGACCCGGGCAGCGAGUUUAUGUUCGAAGAGGGGUCCUUCCGUCGCAGACCUCGCGGAUUCCGUAGGAAAUGCCAAGCUCUGAAACCCAUGUAUCGAAUGAUGAAUGGCAUGGGUUUUGGCGCGUCGAUACUGCCCCAAAACUUCGAUUUCCAGAACCCAUCUGCGUCCUUGGCAUGUCAUAAUGGUUACAACUUGGACGUGAUGGGGAACACGGUGCCAGGGAGCUACGACGGGCUGGGUGGAGGGCUUCAUGUUCCUCACAUGUCGCCAAGCCCCGGGUCCACCUACAUGGCUGCCUGUCAGGUGUCGUCUAAUGGAGAAUACUGCCCAGACAACAGUAGUAGCCCUCUGCACUCAUCGCCGGCGGCGAUGGCAGCAGGCACCUUGGACUGUCACUCUCCCUAUACCAGUGCCUCCUCACACUGGACAUCACCAGGUGUGUCUCCAUACAUCAAGCAGCAAUCCCUGGCCUCAAACAGUCCCACAUCCUCUGCCUUGCACUCGAGUAUAUCCCCUUACUCUCUGGAGCAAAGCUAUCGCCAUCACAACGGAAGAGACUCAUCUGAUAUUUCAAUGGGAUUAUCUCGAUACUCAAGCCAUUCAUCGCCAGUAUGUGACAGGAAAGAUUUAGUUCUGAACUUUAACGGAAURUCUUCAUUUCACCCGCCAACUGCCAAUGGAUCGUACUACCACCAGCUACAUCACCAUCACCAGAAUGUCUAUCAGGACGUCAAGCCAUGCGUCUUGUGAAAUCAACGCGUUGAGACCACUGCCAUCUUGGAUGAGGAUCACAACAACUACACAGCUACUAUAUACAAGCCAUACGCUUCCUUGUCAUUUGUCCCAGAUGUCAAGACCUGUAAAAAUGGGGGUGGGGGGGUUAGGCUAUAUACAAAAUGUCAGUCACUCUGUCUGUGAGAACAUCCAUGCCAUAACACCUUUCCGGAGAAAUUAAACACUUUAGGACUGAGUGCAUGGAGUAAAAUUGAAAAAAAAAAUACAUACAUGUAGCCUAUUGCCAUUGUCAAGCACGGCUCAGACAGCUAUUGGAUAUAGUUGAUCAAUGACAUCUUAAGUCAGCCUUCCUUCAAACUCUGUCACCAUGCCAUGAUGCAUUCAGGAGUGAACUAAUUGUGUCGUUUCAUUCAUAUUGUAGGCUAGUGUUUGAGUAUAAGUUAUCAACACGGAUAAAAUGCAAUACUACGUUAAAUAUGUUUAAUUAAAAAUACAUGCACAUUCACUCCGAUUUAUCUUUACCUAUUUGCACUUAAACCUAAACCCUUGAGUUUUCGAAAGAUUUCGCUGCAGCAAGUCAAUAAAGAGAUCUAUUUUAAAACUG